GCUGUCCCGGAUGUAAACAAUAUAUUGACCACAACAAUCUUGACGUUGUAGUUUAAUCUGCCCUUGAACUUUGUGACAGAUAGCUAUAUUUGCGACAUUAUACGACAUUAAUAGAGACACGUGCAUCCAACAACGUUCCCCGACUGGUUGGUAGCAAACGUUAUACGAAGUAACGUUAACAUUUUUUAGCUUGCUAUAUCCACAUCUUGUAUUUUUCGGUGGUUGACGUGUAAAGUUGCAGUGCUGUUGCUUUCAAGGAAAACGUCGUCCAUCUAAUGAGAAUGGUGCACAUUCUAAGAAUUUAAGAAAAGCACAAACACUACAGUGACAGGCAUCCGCUCUCUCCCCAGCCAUGGCUGGUCUCUUCCACAGAAGGUUGCGUCUGAGGACUGCUCUCAGGUGGAUGAGUCCCCUCAGCACUGCCUCACCUCCAGCCGUAGUCAGAACUUUACCCCCAGGCUUUAGCAGCGGCCUGCUCCAGACACCCAGGCCCGUGUCUUGUGGCGUCCGCUGUCGGGAGCUCCAUGCUGGGGAAGAGAGACCCACCCCGUCACCCACAGCUGCCCCAGAGAGGAGGCCUUUCUCCAGGGUAACUCCAGAGGACAUGGCCUUCUUCAGCAAGAUAAUACCAGGCAGGACCAUCACUGACCCAGAUAUACUGGAGGCCAGUAAUGUGGACUGGCUCAAGUCAGUGAGAGGUUUCAGUGAGGUUCUGCUGAGGCCCCAGACUACAGAGGAAGUUUCUCAGAUCCUUGGGUACUGUAACAGUCGUAACCUGGCAGUGAGUCCUCAGGGUGGUAACACAGGGCUGGUGGGAGGCAGUGUUCCUGUCUAUGAUGAGAUCAUCCUCUCUACCGCUCUCAUGAACAAUGUCCUCAACUUCGACUCUGUCUCCGGUAUUCUGUCGUGCCAAGCAGGUUGUGUGUUGGAGAACCUGUCUCUUUACCUAGAGGACAGGGACUACAUCAUGCCUCUGGACCUGGGGGCAAAGGGAAGCUGCCAUGUAGGAGGCAACGUGUCCACUAACGCUGGAGGACUGAGGCUGCUACGCUACGGAUCCCUACGAGGGACAGUAUUAGGACUAGAGGUGGUGCUAGCAGACGGGAGGGUCCUAGACUGCCUAGCCAGCCUGAGGAAGGACAACACAGGAUAUGACCUCAAACAGCUGUUCAUCGGGUCAGAGGGCACACUGGGGGUCAUCACCGCCGUAACCAUCCUGUGUCCACGGAAACCUAAAGCCGUCAACGUGGCCUUCCUGGGCUGUGAAAGUUUUGAGCAGCUGCUGCAGACCUUCCAGCUGUGUAGAGGCAUGCUGGGAGAGAUCCUCUCAGCCUUUGAGUUCCUGGACAGAGAGUGUAUGAGACUGCUGAACACACACCUGAAACUGGCUAACCCCAUCACAGACUGUCCGUUCUACAUCGUCAUAGAAACGUCCGGCUCUAACCCCACCCACGAUGAGGAGAAGUUGCACCAGUUUCUGGAGGAGGCCAUGACAUCAUCCCAGGUUAUCGACGGGACUGUAGCAACGGAGGAGGCCAAAAUCAAGGCUCUCUGGUCACUGCGUGAGCGGGUAACAGAGGCUUUAACUCAUGAUGGUUUCACAUAUAAAUACGACAUCUCACUUCCUGUGGAACGGAUCUACCAGCUGGUCACAGAUAUGAGAGAACACCUAGGAGACAGAGCCAAGAGUGUGGUGGGAUACGGACACGUUGGUGAUGGUAACCUCCACCUCAACAUCACCUCUCCUACCAAAGAUCCCGACCUCCUGGCGUCCAUCGAACCCUUUGUCUAUGAGUGGACGGCCCGUUUCCAGGGCAGCAUCAGCGCAGAGCACGGCCUGGGCCUGAAGAAGAGGAACUAUAUUUACUACAGUAAAGCCAGCCUGGCUGUCGCUCUGAUGGGGAACAUUAAAACCAUGUUAGAUCCCAAAGGCAUUCUCAACCCUUAUAAGACCCUGCCGGACGACCUGCAAUGACCAUAUUGCUCCUUCCCUGAUUAACUUAAACACCUGACCUGACCUUCACUCAACUCUCAUAAGACACUACCAGUUGACCUUUCACCCUGCACGACCAUACCCGAUGAACUCAAUGAACCCUGACCAAAACCCCCCUCCAGACUACAGACUCAGACCACCUCCACUGUUGACUCCAGGGCCCAGUUUCACAAAACCUUCUUAACAAGAAAUGUCUUACUUUUUUGCAUAAGAAGUAUUUUGUGAAUCUGGGCCCAGGUCUCUGGUAGGGUGUUAUUGUUGUACUGUACUGUAAGGCUUGUCUAGGCUAGGAUCUCACUUUGUCGGCAGUGCACGUUUUAAAGGCAAUGUUUACGAGUUCACAGAGAUCACGUUCACAGUAUACCCUGCAUAUGUCUGCUCAAUCGGAAAUUACCUUAAGUGGCGCAUUGUCCAAAUCCGCUAUCGGAUUGAAUCCCGGCCCUAGUGAACUACCUCUGAUACGCAACUCUACCCUGCACUGAUGAGGCCCCAGUAGAACAGUCUGAUAACCGUGGCCAUAGUUCUCUCAUUGUACAAGUGUCUGAUCAACUUCUAAUGUAAGUAUAAUCUGUGUACAUUCAUUGUAAAUAGAGCAGAUUAUAAUUGUUUUACCUAAUCAGUUUAUUAUUUUACCACCAGAAUUGAAGGCAGCAGAUGGUGUUUGGUAACAGUGCAGAUAGUUUUAUUACAUGUCAAAUAUAUAUAUAUAUUUUUUUAUAUAUAAUAUUUUUUUUUUCUUCUUCAAAUGUACAGCAACAACAUAAGCUCAUUUUGUGAAUGAAUACUGAAUCUCUAAAAGCUAGAUGGUUGGUUGGUUCUUUUUAUGUAAAUAAUUGUGCAUGCUUGUUUCCCCAAAAGGACCCAUAGAUGCCCAAUUCCAAAUUGACCCUUAUCCCAUACACUAUAAGCAAUAUGGUGGCUGCACCUGGCCCUCUGAUGUUAAAAGCUCAGUGGAGUUCUCCUUUUUCGAUCUUGUUCUGAGGGCAGAAUAAAUGUGAUUGGUUGGAUGUAGGCAGAGUUUGCAGCAACAGGUGAAUGUCAAAUAAAGAAAGGCUUGUUAGGUGUUAAAACAAUUAAUGUUAUUCAGCCUUUAUUUAACCAGGCAAGUAAGUUAAGAACAAAUUCUUAUUUACAAUGCCGGCCAAACCCGGACGACGCUGGACCAAUUGUGCGCCCCCCUAUAGGACUCCUAGUCACGGCCGGUUGUGAUACAGCCUGGAUUCCAACCAAAGUGUCUGUAGUGACGCCUCUAGCACUGAGAUGCAGUACCUUAGACCGCUGCGCCACUUGGGAGCGGUGGAGGGUGUACAGAAUUAGUUUUGACACACAAGGUCACUAGUUCGAAUCCCAGUGUGGUUUCAGUUCACUAACCCAACAUACUUAACCAAUCACAUUCCCAAUCUACUGUCAUUCUGACAGACUUUACUGAACAGCGUUAUAUAUGUGCAGUAAAAAGACUGAUGGCUCCCCCUAGUGGCGCAAUGGACUAGGUACAGGGACCACAAGGUCACGUUCUGAUCUUGUUGAUUCCCUGAUGUUCAAAUCUCAGUGGUUGUUUUUCUAAUUCCAUUCAUAUUGCUUGCUUUAACGUAACCAAUCACAUUCGUUAGCUGCCCUCUGAAUAAGGGCUGGAUUAAUUCCGUGUAGUGGAAGAUCCGCGUUAAAAUGUGAAGGUCAUUUCCGAUUGAGUCGACAUAUGCAGCGUUUACCGCAUUGUUUUACGUCAGGUAGGGAGACGAUUCGGCAUGCACUGAUAUUGGUUGAUGGACAAGCGACGCGGAGUGCUGACGCCAUCUGACGUGAGACAAUGGUGUUUACCGUGAAUAUUGUCUCCCGAGAACUCAGGAACGUUACCUUUAAAUUUCAAUCGAGCUCUAACAUGGAUCUUCCGCGAUACGGAUCUAAUCCAGCCCCUAGAAAUACACUAAUCUGUCUUUAAAACACAUUUUCUCUCUUGACCUCCUUGAGUAGAUAGAAGUUGCCUGAUACAGGGUCUGAUAUGUCAUCCCCGUAGUGGUUACGGUUAGGAUGUGGAUAGUAUGGUAAUCUGAUUAUAGAUCUGUGGUUAGGGGAAACUUCCGCCUGGAACCUUAAUUGAGCGACUCCUGUUAACUUCAGUACCAGUGUGAAAACAGAUCACUUUACAGAGUCUUAUAGAGGGGCUCAAGGUUAAAAACCUCGGUACUAGUACAACCUUAUUACAAAUAAAUUCCUUACAAAUUUAAGGUCAGAAUUCAAUCCAGUCAGUUACACCUCCGACCCCCAAAAGGAGCAACGUGUUUUUCAACUAACCAGGCUACUGCGGGUCUGAUUUAAUCCUGGCUUUUCCUGUAAAACAUUCUCUCAAAAGGAACCAGUCUGUUUCCUAUGCGUUGGCGAUCCUGUCCACUAAUCCCGAUCAGGUAAAGUCCUGGCUGAGCAGAAUCAUUAGGUACAUGUGAUUAAACUUGCCUGACACUCUGGCAGGGCCGGUUCCAGGCAUAAAUUACAUGAGUGGGCAGUAAGGGCCUCCAGGAUCCCCCCCAAAACAGGAACUCAGCCGGGUCUCAAUUUACUAUUGAGAGUAAGAAUAGUAGAAUAUACCAGCUGCAAUUUAGAAAUGUUGGUGUGCAACAGCAGUCUCUCUUAUGUCAGUCGCUGACAGUCACUCAAUUAACCAUGUCAGCUAGUCUAGCCAGCUAUCUAAACCAAAUACCGACAGGGCACAUGCAGGGGGGCCCCAUUGAUUUGUUUGUCAUUUGUUUGUCAUAGUGGUUAGAGCGUUGGUCUAGUAACCAAAAGGUUGCAAGUUUGAAUCCCUGAGCUGACAAGGUACAAAUCUGUCGUUCUGCCCCUGAACAGGCAGUUAACCCACUGUUCCUAGGCCGUCAUUGAAAAUAAGAAUUAGUUCUUAACUGACUUGCCUAGUAAAAUUAAAAUAUAUCAUAUGAACAUGACAUCCAGCAGAUGCUAAAUGACAAAAAGCGACUUAGUAUCCAGAGUGACUUACAGAAUACAAUUCCAGACCUUUUCUACUUCCCCGUAGUCAGAUGAACUCGUGGAUGCCAUGUGUGUCUACGUGCCGUUUGAAGGCAGUUAUUAACGAGCAUUAGUGCGAUUGCUAGCCAGAAUUAGCACCUGCUAGUACCUUAGACUAGUUAGCAUUGACAACCUCCAACUGACUUCAUACGGGUUGCAGAGACAUACAAAUGGUAUCCAACUCUGGGGAGGGAGAUAAAGGGCUUCAUUGGUAAAAUACAGAAAGAUCCCUUUAAGUACCUGUGAUUGUUUAAUUAAAAUGGUCAAAAAUA